GCUCUGCUACCGAAGAGAUCAUCCAGUUCCACAUGAUUCCCGACAUGCGCAAGGCGUUCAGUAGGUUUUUCAGGGAGCACAGUUGCAAAGCAACAUCCCGACAAGUCACCAGGGCAGAGCAAGAUAAGAUUAACCCCACAAGGAAGUCGCUGAUGUGGUACACAUCGGUCACCGUCACUCCUGCCGCGCAAAAGGCGUACGUUGAGAAGUAUCCUGCCAAGGUCGAAGAAUUCAAGAAGAGGCGCGAGGCCGUCUUAGCCGCACGGAACGCAAGAAACGCGAGCGCGAGCAAGACUGCUGCGACGCAGGACCAGCCUGCGGCGAGUGAUUCUGAACUCAAAUGCACCGCAACCGAGCAGCCCCAGCCCUCUGUAACCCAGAUUAAGAAAGUCAAGGCUUAAACCUCAUGCUCUGCUCUCCUCUUCCAAAGUCUCAACACUGUCGGAAUGUUACGCUCCCUUAAUCUUACUGUACGUCCUGUAUAGUCCUC